AUGCUUGAUUCUGGAAAUCUAGUGCUCUACAAUGAACAUUCUGAUGUCAUUUGGGAGAGUUUCAACUUUCCUACAGAUACAAUAUUGGGAGGCCAGAAUCUAUAUGCAGGGGGUGAACUGCUUUCCAGUGCAUCUACAACCAAUUUGUCAACAGGAAGGUUUCAUCUUAAAAUGCAAUAUGAUGGGAAUCUUGUUUUGUAUCCCAUAGACACUAUAGACACUUCAGUAGAUGCUUAUUGGAACACUGCCACUUUUGGGUCCGGUACCCAUCUAUAUUUGAAUUAUACAGGACGACUGCUAAUCCUUAACAACACCAUGGCCAGUGGCAUACCUGUGUUUUCCUCUGAUUCAGAAUCGGAAAACAGCUCAAUUAUCUACCGUGCAACAUUGGAGUACGAUGGAAUUUUUCGAUUGUAUUCUCAUAACUUCGACAGCAAUGGUGCCUACACUACAUCUCUUAUGCAUUAUGCACCAAAAAGUCAGUGCGAAGUGAAGUCUUUCUGCGGUCUCAACAGCUACUGCACCAUGAACGAUAAUCAACCUUACUGCAGCUGUCUUCCUGGCACUGUUUUUGUCAAUCCCAACCAGAGAUAUAAUGGGUGUAAGAGGAACUACACUGAAGAAUUAUGCAAAGUUGCAGAGGAAACAUCCUCCUAUAACAUUACUGAUAUGGAGAAAAUGACUUGGGAUGACUUUCCUUAUUUUAGAAACUCCAUGUCAGAAGAAGAUUGCAGAAAGUCCUGUUUGCAGGACUGUAACUGUGCUGGUGCGCUGUACGAAUCUGGGGACUGCAAGAAAGUGAAGUUCCCAGUGAAAUAUGCUAAGAGAUUGGAAGGUGACUCAUCAAAGGUUUUCUUCAAGGUGGGUUUGAAGAGUGUCGAAAGCCGCAACCAAUCCAUUGCCACUGCAAUGAAGCCUCCUCCAGUGGUCCAUAAGACAAGCAAGAAGACAGUGAUGCUCAUUUGUGUUAUGAGCGUAGCAUUCAUUACAUGCUCUUCAAUUGCCAUUGCAGUUUCUGUUUUUUUCAUCUCUAAGUCAAGAGUUGUUAAGGCCAGAAUGCGGUUGGGAGGCGGAAAUCUUGGCUUGGCCCAUGAGCUCACUCUGAGAGCAUUUUCAUAUCGUGAGCUUAAAAAUGCAACCAAGGGUUUCAGGGAAGAGUUGGGAAAAGGAUCUUUUGGAGCAGUUUACAAAGGGACAUUAUACAAAGGUAAAAAAGUUAUUGCAGUGAAGAGGCUAGAGAAGUUGGUCAGUGAAGGUGAAAGGGAGUUCCUCACAGAGAUGCGUUCAAUUGGAAAAACUCAUCAUAAAAACUUGGUUCGGCUACUUGGUUACUGUACUGAGGACUCCCAGAGGCUCCUAGUUUAUGAAUACAUGAGCAACGGUUCCCUUGCAGAUCUUCUCUUCCGAACUGAAAGAAUUCCAAAUUGGAGUCACAGGGUGAAAAUUGCUUUGGAUAUUGCUAGAGGGAUCCUAUAUCUACAUGAAGAGUGUGAGGCACCAAUCAUCCAUUGCGAUAUAAAGCCUCAAAACAUUCUAAUGGAUGAUUUUUGGAAUGCUAAGAUCUCUGAUUUUGGGCUAGCAAAAUUGCUAGUGCCUGAUCAAACAAGAACCUUCACAAUAGUCAGAGGGACACGAGGUUACUUGGCUCCUGAAUGGCAUAAGAACACUCCAAUAUCAGUGAAGGCAGAUGUUUACAGUUACGGAGUAAUGCUCUUGGAAAUUGUUUUCUGCAGGAGAAACGUAGAAACUAAUGUAUCAAGACCAGAGGAAGUUCUACUUUCUAAUUGGGCAUACGAGCUUUUGGUUGAAAGAGAAUUGGACAAGCUUGAUCUUGGUGAAGAUGUAGACUUGCAGAAUUUGGAAAAAAUGGUUAUGGUGGGCAUGUGGUGCAUUCAAGAUGAACCAGGUAUCCGUCCUUCUAUGAAGUCUGUAGUGUUGAUGUUAGAAGGAAUUACCGAUGUAUCUGUUCCUCCACAUCCAACUUCAGCUUAAGCAUAAGUUUGUAGGCAGGAAAACUAUUAAUUAAAAUUCUGUAUCCU